UGGUUUUAGAUGGAUCGGUGGUGCGGGUAUUGUGACUUGACGCGGGUGCAUCCUUAGAAUUGGAUAUAUUAUUAAUAUAGUGUGUUAUACCAGGAGUGGUGUUGAUAAAAAUUUCAUGGGAUAUUAUUGAGAAGGUGGAGGAACGGCGAAAAGAUGCGGGGUAGUCCUGCCUUCUUCGCCAUAUUACUCGGCACGAUAUUUGGCGUCCUCGGUGCGUCUCUCAGCAAAGCUUUGAGGUACAAAGCGCCGGACGAGUGCAAAUGGGUGACCGCGGGUGAUGCCGAGAACGAUGUUUCUUUGGUCUGUCGUUUGAGGACGAUCAACAGCGAAUUGGAGAACACGAAUUUCAGCGUGAUACAACCACAGCAUACGGUUAGAUUGCGGCUCGAAUGCAGCGACGCUCUAUUUUAUCAAAGUUCCCUGACCGCCGGUAGCUUCAGGCCGUUGGUCGAACUUCGCGAACUCGUAAUCGAGUAUUGCAAGAUAGGUAAUCUCUCGGACGACGCGUUCAAAGGUCUCAGGGAGUUGCGUAAUUUGACCGUUAGGACUCACAACACCGACUGGUCAGCAAUGACAUUGGACGUUUCGGCCGGUGCAUUCACGGACGAGCUACGGCAAUUAGAAAAGCUCGAUCUGGGUGAAAACAAUAUGUGGAAUAUACCGGAAGGUGCGCUCUGCCCUUUGGUCAACUUGGAAAUUCUUAAUUUGACGAGGAAUCGUUUGAGAGAGGUGACGAGUUUCCGCUUCAAUGCCAUCAGCAAGUGCUUGUCCAGUUUGAAAGAACUCGAUCUUAGCAACAACAGCAUCGAGUCAUUGCCUACCGCCGCCUUCUCCGGUUUGACCAGAUUACACAGCUUGGAUCUACGGUGCAACGCUAUAGGCUUUAUGGCGGAUCGUGCUUUCGAGGGCCUCUCCUCCCUGGCCAUCUUGAAACUCGCCGAUAAUCGUCUAUCCAGUUUACCCCCCGAGCUCUUCAGCGACGCCAGAUGUAUUCAAGAGAUUCACCUGAGAAACAACACGUUGAACGUCCUACCGCCCGGUCUGUUUGGCGAGCUAACGCAAUUAAUGGUGUUGGAUUUGUCGCGCAACGAACUAACGGUCGAAUGGGUCAACGCUGCGACCUUUGGUGGUCUCGUCAGACUGGUCGUUUUGGAUCUAUCGAGCAAUAGGAUAACUCGAUUGGAUCCAACGGUAUUUCGUGAUCUUUACAGUUUACAAAUUUUACGGCUACAGGAGAAUCUGUUGGAAAGUUUACCGGAGAAUACAUUUUCCGCGCUUUACAAUUUGCAUACGUUACUUUUGAGUGACAAUAGAUUGACCGUCAUAGAUGCCACAACGCUCAGUGGGUUGUACGUUUUGAGCUUGCUAUCCCUCGACAACAACAGAAUACAUACGAUACAUCCGAGCUCUCUGAGGAACGCCUCGUCUCUCCAUGACCUUCAUCUUAACGGUAAUCGACUGACAUCGGUGCCGGACGCUUUGAAAGCCACUACCCUCUUGCGUACUCUCGACCUCGGAGAGAAUCUCAUUUCCGAGAUACCGAGUGGUACCUUCGACCACGUGGUACAACUCUACGGUCUUCGGUUGACCGAGAAUCACAUCGGUAAUCUCACCAAGGGCAUCUUCGAUCGUAUCAAAGAAUUGAAGAUCUUGAAUCUAUCGAUGAAUCGUAUACAGUACAUCGAGCCGGGCACGUUCGAUGAGAAUCUCAAUCUCCAGGCGAUACGUCUCGACGGGAAUCAGUUGACCGACAUCGCAGGGCUCUUCACCAAUCUACCGAAUCUCAUAUGGCUCAACGUCAGUGACAAUAAAUUGAAGUGGUUCGAUUACGCGAUGAUACCUACGGGACUGCAGUGGCUCGAUAUACACUCCAAUGAAAUACACGAGCUAGGAAAUUACUUCGAGAUCGAGAGUCAAUUACGGUUGACUACCUUCGAUGCCAGCGAGAAUAAGCUGACGGAGAUAACCGGUAACGCGAUACCGAUGAGCGUCGAAUUGCUCUUUCUCAACGACAACCUCAUAUCUAAGGUGCAGAGUUACUCUUUCUUCAAGAAGCCGAAUUUAACGCGGGUCGACCUGAAAGGCAAUCAGAUAAGGAACCUCGAGCCGUACGCGUUACGCAUCAGCGCGGUACCAUCGGAGAAACCCUUACCGGAGUUCUACAUCGGUGACAACCAGUAUUUGUGCGACUGUACGAUGGAAUGGUUGCAACGGGUUAACCGUCAAAACCAAACGCGCGUUCAACCGAAAGUGAUGGACCUCGAGAGCAUAUACUGCAAACUUCUCUACGAUCGCGAACACGCGUUCGUCCCGUUGGUCGAGGCAUCGCAUUCCCAAUUCCUUUGCAAAUACGAGACCCACUGUUUCGCUCUCUGUCACUGUUGCGACUUCGAUGCUUGCGACUGCGAAAUGACCUGCCCGGUUAACUGCACUUGCUAUCACGAUCAAUCCUGGUCAGCUAACGUGGUAGACUGCUCGAACGGAGGGCACACAAACAAACUGCCCGAACAGAUACCGAUGGACGCAACUCGGCUCUACCUCGACGGUAACGAUCUUCGCGUCGUGUCCAGUCACGCUUUCAUCGGUCGUAAGAAGCUGAAAGUCCUCUUUCUGAACUCGUCCAACAUCGAGAUCGUGCAGAACAGGUCGUUCAACGGGCUGCGCGACCUCGAGGAUCUACACUUGCAGGACAACAGGAUCCGUGAGUUACGGGGACACGAGUUCGAGGGAUUGGACGCUCUUAAGCAGCUGCAUCUUCAACGGAAUCAACUCGGCUCGAUCGGCAACGACACGUUCGUGCCGUUACGUUCCUUAAGAGUGCUCAAACUUCAGAGUAACCGGCUUAUUACUCUGCCGAUCUGGACGUUACCCUCGUCGAUCGAGGUCAGCCUAUCGGCUAAUCCGUGGUCCUGUGAGUGCGACUAUCUUCAAAGUUAUCGCGAAUGGUUACGCGAGCCUGACAUUCGCGUAACUGAUGCUUCCGAGUUACGUUGCGUCUACAAUAUCACAGAGUUCGAGGCAUACGGCGACGAGACAUUUACAGACGACGAGUUUGGUUUUGCCGUAACGACGACUAUCGAUGAAGAUCGCGACACGAACGGUGGUGGUAGUAGUAGUAGUAGUAGUAACGUCAGUGUCAGUUCCUCGUGUAUCGGUGCUGUAGCGAUAGACAACGAAGUGCAUAGAAAUUAUACGAAAACUAUUAUCGAAAAACAAAUUCUUCAAGAUUAUUUGCCGUUGUUAGUUGCCACAUUGGCCAGUUCAUUGGUGAUCAUGUUAUUAUGCAUGCUGGCAUUUAUUUUUCGUCAAGAAUUACGGGUGUGGUUUCAUUCGCGUUUCGGCGUACGAAUCUUUUACAGAAAUCACGAGGUCGAUAGAGAUGAUCGAGAUAAAUUAUUCGACGCGUUCGUCAGUUACAGCUCGAAGGACGAGGCAUUCGUAGCCGAGGAAUUGGCGCCUGUCCUAGAGAUGGGGAACCCUUCUUACAAACUUUGCUUACAUUAUCGUGAUUUCCCUGUUGGAAGUUUCAUAGCCGAUACAAUCGUGCAAGCGGUCGAAUCAUCGCGACGGACUAUCAUGGUAUUAUCCGAAAAUUUCAUCAAGUCCGAAUGGUGUAGAUUCGAUUUUAAAUCGGCUCAUCAUCAAGUACUCAGGGAUCGAAGACGUAGGUUGAUCCUCGUACUAGUCGGUGACGUACACCAACGUGAUUUAGACCCGGACAUACGUUUAUACUUAAAAACCAACACUUAUCUACAAUGGGGCGACAAGCUCUUUUGGGAAAAGCUAAGAUUCGCGUUGCCGGAUGUACCUAACAAUCAAAGGACCACGCAAAGAAGUAGACAACCGCCACCGGUCCGACGGCAGCACAACAACAGAACGUCCAAUGGUUCGCGCACGGUUUCCGUACACAUAUAAACAUUUCAACCAUAAACUACUUCGAAGAACCAUCCUUCCUUCCUUUCUUCUCCUAAAACUAUAUCUUCUCUCAUGGUGAUCCUUUAGUGCGAUUAUAAAUAACUAAAUGAUUCUGUGUGUGUUUCUCAUCGAUAUAAUUUUUUUCUCUCUUUUUUUUGUUUUUUUUUUCCUUUUCAUUUGUUUUUUUUUUUCUCUUGUGCCGUGCAAUAGAGAGUGUAAAUAAUAAUUAUGAUUCGCGAACGAGCGAGCUUGUAUAAACGAUAAACGUUAACGUUAUGUAGAAAUAUAUGCGAUAUAUAAAUAAUAUACGGAAUGAAGAA